ACAUAUUCAGUAGCUUGACAUCCGUAACCAGCUGUGGUAGAUAAUUAAUUAUCCUUUUGGGUAGGGAAGUUUUUUUCUGUCUCUCCCAAGCAGGGAAAACAUCCUCCUUGCAUCUAGUAUGUCCAACCCUGUUAAAAUUUUAUAUGUUUUAAUCAGAUCACCUCUGAAGACUACAGUUCCAAUAGAAACAAACCCUCCUCCUCACCAGCUGUCCCUACUAUGAGCUUCAUGAACCUCCAUGACUUCCUCUGUGGUGAAUGUAUUCUGUCUUAGGAAGAGCAAAACUGCAUACAGCACUCCAGCUGUGGUCUCACUAAGGCCCUGUAUAGCUGCAUGACGCUGAGACACUCCUCUUUAACAUUGAAUAAGGACUUGUGCAACUGAAGAAUUUCAUGAGGAGGACUGAGGGGAUACCGAGAUGGAAGGCUCUUCAACUCCCCACACCUCUAGGCCUACCCCUUCCCGGAAGAGGGAAGGGAGUGUGGAAAGCCAGAGCCGGUCACGUGUCCGAGUGACUUCUAAGCCAGUGAGGAAAGUGCGGCGAACAGCAAGGUGGAACACCAGGGACUAUACAAUCCAUGAUACUGACAACGACAUGCUCCUGAUCAUUUCUAAUGAAAACGGGAUGCACAAGAGGCCAAGGAAACUGGCAGGGAAGAAAAGCAGCUGCAAGUUAAACACACAGCGCAGCUCCCACAAAAACAAGGGGCUCCUGAAAAAUGCAGGGUUGAAGGAGGCCAGCUCCGUGGGCUUGGCAGGCCAGCAUAAGCAAACUGAUUCAGAUCUGGAGCCUGAGAAGCCAGAAGUCCUAGACCGAUGGGGUCAACAACUUCCAAUUGAAGUCUUGGUUCAUAUCUUCCAUUAUAUAGUGUCAUCGAAUGGCGCUGUGCCAUUUCUCUGUAGGAUGGCCCGAGUAUGUCAUCUGUGGUAUGGAGCUGCUGCUAACCCCAAACUCUGGCAGAAAGUCACAAUCUCCUAUUGCUGGGUGGAAUCUGGAAAGAAAUUGGUGCCGCCAGUUCAGAGAAAAAUCCAAAACACCCUCAACUGGCUGAAAGACAACCGGUUUUCACAGCUUCGGGAAUUUUCUCUCUGCCACUGGAAUAAUCUAGUGAGUUACACCAUGAAGACCAUUACUGAAUCCUGUCCACACUUAAUAUCGUUGCGGCUGACCAAUUGCACUGGUGUCACAUCUGAUGUCUUUGAGGCAUUGGCCACCCAUUGCCAGAAGCUGGAAAGUUUAAACCUGCAGCAUUCAGUGGUUGACACUGCCGCUGUUGUUAAUUUUCUUGAAGCAGCAGGUUCAAAUCUCAGACAGCUUUGUGUGACAUACAACAGUCGCCUGCACAACAUCUUCAAUGCCAUUGUGGCAGGCUGCUGUACUGAACUUCGACUGCUGGAGGUGAACACUGAAAUCAAGCAGACCAACCCCUACUUCCAGUUCUGCAUUGAAAUGUUGCAGGCAGGCUGUCCCAAGCUGCAGGUGCUGAGACUCCUGAACUUAACCUGGUUUCCGAAGGCUUGCACUAUGAUUGUUUCACCAGAGGUUGGUUUCUCUGAAUUGGAGGAAUUGUGCUUGGCCACGUCAUCAUUUUCAUUGGUUACUGAUGAAGUUCUGGUAAAGCUACUGCACUUGUCAUCGAGACUACGGACAUUAGAUCUGAGAGGCUGCUAUCGGAUCACAUCAGCGGGGCUACGACUUCUACCCUGCCAAGACCUGGCACGGCUGUUCCUGGGACUUUACUGUAGUACCACCACCCUGUUGCUGGCUAAACAGGGCUCUGAGCAGAUGGCAUUGAAGUGGAGGCAUUCUUUACAAGAACUGGAUCUCACCGGGCAGUGCUACAAUGAAAAAGACCUCGAGCUGGCUAUGCAAAUCCUAGCAGGGACUGAGGGAAACCAUCUUCUGCGAUCUUUAAACCUGGCUGGAACAAAGGUCACAUUGGAUGCCAUCAGAGUUGUGGUGAGCAACAGUCCCAAUUUGAACUACCUGAACCUGACUUCCUGCCGCUGCCUCCCCCGUGGGCUUAAACGCGUCUACCGAGGCGAGGAUGAGAUCUCCCACUUUGUCAACAGAUUGCUGGAAAGCACAAAGAACAGCAGCGCGACAGUGAGCGUGGACCACGAGGGGCAGUUGUGAAGCAAGUGGCCUGCUCUCAAAUACCAGCAAAGGCUAUGUUGCUCAUCAAUGAGUGGUGUGACUGACUCACUUUCUUAAACAAAGUGCAUGCGCGCGCGUGCAUAUAGGUUUAUCUGUGUGUAUGUGUAUGCACACAUCUGUGCCUCCAGCUCCCUCCAAAAAGUUCAAAGCACAAUCAGUAAAUAAAAAAUGUUAAAAAAAAUCUGUGCUCCAAUUUGAGAUCAGUUUCAAGCAGUAAAGACUGCACAGUUAGAAAUCAUCAAACAACAAUACCAAGUAAUAGAUAUACUGAAACAGAAUUGUUGGACUGUACUGGAGGUAUGGUGCUUUGUUGAUGUUGAGGAAAAUUUGCAAGGUUAAUGUGACUUUAAAAGUAACAGCCCAGACAAGGAACGCUGUAACUGAGCCUGGUUUGAAGUGUAGAAUAAGGGUUCUUUUGAGAUUGUAUGCAGCAGCUACAAAAUUCUGCUUCCUCUUUUCUAAACUGCUGAAUGUAGACUGCCAACUGGUCUCCCAUCCCUAUAAGUCCAUUGUACAAUUUAGUAUUUUUUAAACCACUUAAUAGGAACACUGUUGGGAAGGGGAACAGGUAGUGCCUUGUUUGUUUCUCUGUAGCCAUCAUCUUUUUGUAACCUCAUGCUUAAAUCGAAGUUCUUUCCUCUUCUCGACGGUGCUAAAUGGUCAUUUUAUUUAUAUACUUGUGUGGAAGAGCAAAGGUCAUGUUGUGACUAUUUGAAUCAUGGUGUUUUCCUGAAAAUAUCAAAUCAAAUUCAAAGUUUUUUAUAUAAUGUUUUGGGCUGUGGCGUUUUCAUUCUCAGGAAAAGUAAGGUAGCUUUCCUAAAUGGUUAAGCAACCGUGCAGAUUGGGUGCUAGAUACAUUCCUCCCAGAUUACAUGGAGAUUAGCCUGGCCUGGAAUUUCUUUACACAACCAACAACCCUUCCUCCAGGGAUGAGUUGUUUAAAGGAUUUUCAAAGUCCUGCUCCAGAAACCAGUGUAAGAACCUGGGCUGGGAAAGUGCUAGACCUGGCAGUUGCAUCCCAUAGCACACUCUUGUGUCAAGAAUUGCAUGUGCUGAUUGGCACGUGGUUAAGAGCCAUUGAGCUGUCAUCCCAUUAAGUUCCUUUGUGAGCUGGAGGAGGCACAUUGGCAUUGGUGGGUGAUGUUCCAGUGAGAACAGGAGAGCAUUCCAACUACUACAAUGUUCAGCAGCUGAAAAACCAGCUUUUAUGAUCUUGCAGUAUAUAUUCUACAAAAAUGUUUUAGACUCAUUAAUAAAGUCAAUGUAUAGAUAAAUGGAAUAUGUAAAUAUACAUAUAUCAUUAAAUAUUUGUAAAAUUUAA